AUGGUAAGCGAGCCGGAAUUUUUGAUCUAGCCACUUGUGAAUUUCCUCGUAAAGGCGAAAGCUUCAUGGGCAUAAUUAAUUUUAUUUUCCCAGCGUGAGGUCAUCAGCAUCCACAUCGGCCAGGGUGGUGUGCAGACAGGAAAUGCCUGCUGGGAACUCUACUGUCUGGAACACGGGAUCCAGCCCGAUGGUCAGAUGCCAAGUGACAAGACCAUCGGAGGAGGUGAUGACUCCUUCCAAACCUUUUUCAGCGAAACUGGAGCCGGGAAACAUGUACCACGAGCUGUGAUGGUCGACCUAGAACCAACGGUCGUCGGUAAGUCAAAUUUUUCAAUUUUAUAUUUGGUAAGUUUAGAACAGUAGGGCUAGCUGCUUCACCAGAUCAUAAUUCCACCGUUUCUUACUUAAUCAGAUGAGGUACGGACUGGAACCUACCGUCAGCUCUUCCAUCCCGAACAACUUAUCAGCGGCAAGGAAGAUGCUGCUAACAACUACGCUCGCGGUCACUACACUGUGGGGAAGGAGAUGGUUGACUUAGUGCUGGAUCGUAUCCGAAAGCUGGCUGAUCAGUGCACCGGCAUGCAGGGUUUCAUCGUAUUCCACUCAUAUGGAGGCGGCAGCGGUUCUGGUUUCACUUCCCUCCUUAUGGAACGCCUUAGUGUUGACUAUGGAAAAAAAUCGAAGUUCCAAUUCUCGAUUUUCCCGGCUCCACAGAUUUCCACCGCUAUCGUUGAACCAUACAAUGCCAUUCUGUGCACACACACCACCCUUGAACACGCAGACUGUUGCAUGGCUUUCGACAACGAAGCUGUCUAUGAUAUUUGCAGGUUGGUUCUACAGAGACUUGGGGAGUUAUGUUUGAUCUCAAUGUGUUUGUUACUUGCGUCUCUUUUCCUCUCUUAGGCGCAAUCUAGACAUUGAACGACCAACCUAUACCAAUUUGAACCGCCUGAUUGGACAAGUGGUCAGUUCAAUAACGGCUUCCCUUCGAUUCGACGGUUCGCUGAAUGUCGACCUCAUCGAAUUCCAGACUAACCUGGUGCCCUACCCACGAAUUCACUUCCCACUGGUUACUUACGCACCAACCAUUUCUGCCGAAAAGGCCUAUCACGAACAGUUGAGCAUAUCUGAAAUCACCAACGCCUGCUUUGAGCCCGCCAAUCAGAUGCUCAAAUGCGACCCACGACAUGGCAAGUACAUGGCUUGCUGCAUGCUCUACCGCGGUGAUGUGGCUCCGAAGGACGUCAAUGCAUCCAUCGCCACGAUCAAAACAAAAAGGACCAUCCAGUUUGUUGACUGGUGUCCAACCGGUUUCAAGAUCGGCAUCAAUUAUCAGCCACCGACUGUAGUGCCCGGUGGCGAUUUGGCUAAAGUACAACGGGCCCUCUGCAUGAUCAGCAAUUCCACCUCAGUCGCCGAGGCCUGGGCCCGACUGGAUCACAAGUUUGACCUGAUGUACGCGAAGCGCUGCUUCGUACAUUGGUACGUCGGUGAGGGUAUGGAAGAGGGUGAAUUUUCGGAGGCCCGUGAGGACUUGGCAGCCCUUGAGAAGGACUAUGAGGAGGUUGCUGCUGACAGUGUGGAGGGUGAGGGAGAAGGAGAAGAAGAAUUUUAA